AUGGAUGCAGCUAAUAUUUUAAAACCAAUGUUAUCAAGAGGAGAAUUACGAUGUAUUGGAGCAACAACAUUAGAAGAAUAUAGAAAAUAUGUAGAAAAAGAUCCAGCAUUUGAAAGACGAUUCCAACAAGUUUAUGUAAAUGAGCCAAGUGAAGAAGAUACAUUAUAUAUUCUUCGAGGAAUACGAGAGAAAUAUGAAAAUCAUUAUGGAUUAACAAUUACCGAUUCAGCAUUAGUUUCAGCAGCAACAUUAAGUAAAAGAUAUAUUAAUGGAAGAUUUCUUCCAGAUAAAGCAAUUGAUUUAGUUGAUGAAGCAUGUGCUACAUUAUUUACACAAAAGAAUUCACAACCAGAAGAAAUAGAUAAAUUAGAAAGAAGAGAAACACAAUUAAAUGUAGAGAAAAUAGCAUUAGAAAGAGACAUUAAAGAAAGUGAUGAAGACCAUAAUAAAAUGAUUAAAGAAAGACUACAAGAAAUUGAAAAAGAAUUAAGUGAAAAUAAAGAGAAAUUAACAAAAUUACGAAUUAAUUAUGAAAAAGAAAAAGGAGGAAGUGAAGAAAUGAAAGAACUUGCAACGAAAAUAGAAGCUAUGAAACAUAAAGCAGAAAGUACUAAAGAUUUAGAAGUAGCAGCUGAUUUAAAAUAUUAUGCAAUACCAGAAGCAGAAAAAAGAAUGAAAGAAUUAAAGGAACAAAAUAAAGAAACAACAAUGAUAUCAUUACAAGUUACACCAACACAAAUAGAAGAAGUAGUUAGUAGAUGGACAGGAAUUCCUGUUACUAAAAUGAAUCAAACAGAGAAAACAAGACUGAUGAAAUUAGAAGAAGAACUACAUAAACGAGUAAUAGGACAAAAUGAAGCAGUAACAGCAGUUAGUGAUGCAAUUAUUCGAAGUAGAGGAGGAUUAGGAAAUGAAAAACGACCAACAGGUAGUUUUAUGUUUUUAGGACCAAGUGGAGUAGGAAAAACAGAAUUAGCAAAAGCAUUAGCAGUUGAAUUAUUUGAUGAUGAACAAAAUAUAGUUAGAAUAGAUAUGAGUGAAUAUAUGGAAAGUCAUAGUGUAUCAAGAUUAAUAGGAGCACCACCAGGAUAUGUAGGAUAUGAAGAAGGAGGACAAUUGACAGAGGCAAUUCGUAGAAAACCAUAUAGUGUAAUAUUAUUUGAUGAAAUUGAAAAAGCACAUCCACAAGUAUUUAAUGUAUUAUUACAAUUAUUAGAUGAAGGAAGAUUAACAGAUGGAAGAGGAAGAACAGUUGAUUUUAAGAAUACUAUUGUUAUUAUGACAUCAAAUUUAGGAAGUGAAAUAAUAAUGAAAGGAGUAGAAAGAGAAGGACAAGUUAGUAGAAAAGUUAAAGAAACAGUAAUGGAAAUAGUAAAGAAAACAUUUAAACCAGAGUUUCUUAAUAGAUUAGAUGAUAUUAUAGUAUUCUCACCACUUUCAGAGAAAGAAUUAAAAGAAAUAGUUAAAUUACAAAUGGGAGAAGUGAUUAAAAUGAUUAAAAAGAGAUAUCCAUUAAGUGAAGUAGAAAUGACAGAAUCAGCAAUAGAAGGAAUCAUUAAAUCAGGAUAUUCAAUAGCAUAUGGAGCAAGACCAAUGCGAAGAUAUAUAGAAAAGACAGUAGUAACUUCAAUAACAAAAUCAAUAAUAAGUGGAAUGAUGAAAGAGAAGAAUAAAAUUCAAAUAGAUUAUGAAAAUGAUAAGAUUCAAGUCAAAAUAACAGAUAAAUAA